ACUUAGGGGAAGCUCGGCCGCGCUCCUGACCUGCGACCUGACCGGCUGGGACCAUGGGGUGCUGCCCGGGAGACUGCUUCAACUGCUGCUCCCAGGAACAAGACUGCUGUGAGGAGUGUUGCUGCCAGCAGGGCUGCUGUGGUUGUUGUGGCUCUUGCUGUGGCUCCUGCUGUGGCUGUGGAGGCUCUGGCUGCGGAGGCUCUGGCUGCGGAGGCUCUGGCUGCGGAUCUGGCUGCUGCGGGUCUGGCUGCGGGUCUAGCUGCUGUGGAUCUGGCUGUGGGGGCUGCGGAGGCUGUGGAAGCUGCGGAAGCUGCGGAGGCUGCGGGGGCUGCGGAGGCAGUUGCUGUGGCUCGGGCUGCUGUGGCUCCGGAUGCUGUGGUCCAGUGUGCUGUCAGCCCACACCUGUUUGUGAAACGAAAUGAAGACCCUCCCCUCUAUAUCUGAGGCAGUGUUGGGGACAGCCUUGGCCUAUUCAGAUGGAGACCUCCUCAUCUCCUGACUCCUUCAUACCUCCGAGACCUACCUGCCUCUUAUGCUCUUUCUGAGAGGAGAGCUUGUCCUGGUGUGUAAGGCACUCAGGACCAAAGAGCCAUUUCCUGGCAGAAAAUUAAAGCCGAGUUCCAA